AUGUCGUUCACCAUCCCGUCGCUCCGAGGCCUCGCCUCCCGGUUCCUAAUCCGGCCAACCACCCUCACAGCCACUCUCUCCCACCCCUCAAAGACAACACAAUGCCUCGCGGCAUCAGCCCGGCCCCUCUCCACCACCCCUAGCACGCUCGCCCCGCCAGGCGCCAAAGGCCAAAAAGGCCCCAACAAGGGCCCCAACAGAGGCGGCAAGCCGCAAGCCAAAACAAAGAAGGGCGGCAAGGGCCGGGGCGAGGAGCCGCGGGACCCCAAGAUGAUCAACAUGCUCUCGCACUUCUCCAUCCUGUCGCCGAACCGGAUCCCGCCGCCGCUGCGCAUGGGCCGCAACCGGCACCUGCGGCACUGGACGAUCCACCGGGCGUGGCUGCUGUUCCGGCGGCGGGAGCGCGAGGCGCGCGAGCGCAACCUGAUGCGGCAGCACCAGAGCAUGAGCGCGGCGUGCGAGGAGCUGCGCCUGACCUCGGGCCCGGGCACCAGGGGCGAGGGGUACCUGUACCGCAUGGCGAUGGAGAAGAAGGGCGUCUACGGCCUGCACGGGGUGCCGGUCGAGUACGCGCGGGCGCAGACCGAGACGCCGGCUAGGGUGGCGUGGAAUCACGAUUGGAAGCGGCCGCCACCAGAGUUGUCAUGGCAGGCUGGGAUAAAAUAUGUCCUGCAUUGCCAGUCUGAAUUCGCCGGUCCUUAA